AAAGACAGAAGAACAGACAGUCACAUCCACUCACAGCUCCACAGUGAGAGUAUUUUUUAGUGCUUAAAUGGACAAACUACCACUCAACAUGGACUACAAGAUUCCUGAAGAUGAACUGGGAGACCUGAGAUGCAGUGAUUUAGACGUGCCUAUGUUCCAAACGUUUAUAGGAACGGUCAGUGGCUAUGUGCGGACCAUCCAACAACACGGCUGGAAGUUGAUAAGUGAAGGCAAACUUGACUCAGAAACAACCAAAAACAGUGUGUUGUUCAAACUGUGUCAAGUGCUGUUAGAGCUCAUCACUGAUGAAGUCUUUGUCGAGGUGGUGCCUCAGAUUCGUAGCAGGAUGGACGCAAAGAUGGAAGAGGAGGAUGAUAUAAACGACACACUGCAAAGCGAGCGCAACUAUUUCAGUGUGUCAGAAGAAGACAUCCUAGCCAGCCUUGGAUCUUCAUUUCACAGGAGUUUUGGUGCAGAAUCCCCAACGCCGUCCAAACACGUUGAAAAACUGCAGGAGUUGUUAGCGACACAGGUGGCGAAGAGGGUGAACCAGGCAAUAUAUUUAAUCUGGCCAUCAUCCCCUCCCCAACCUUCCCAGCAAUCACAGAUUUCUGUUGACUCCCCAUCUUCCUAUGAAUCUCCCAUUGAAGAAAUGGCUUAUUGCGUCAGCCGUAUCUUGAGAGAAAUAAUGGGCAUAAAAGAGCCAUCACCUGAGACUCCUGAUGAUCAAGAAAGCCAGGUAAGUGAACUCUCCGAGCUGUCUUCUCCAGAUCAGGAGAAUUGCAUUAAGGUACAGGACACGGACUACGAGGACCAGGAAAUGGACUACGGGGGCCUGGAGAUGGACGCCGAGGACCCGGAGAUGGACGCCGAGGACCCGGAGAUGGACGCUGAGGACCAGGAGAUGGACGCCGAGGACCCGGAGAUGGACGCCGAGGACCAGGAGACGGACGCCGAGGACCCGGACCCUGAGGACCAGGACCCCGAGGACCAGGACACGGACGCCGAGGACCAGGACACGGACGCCGAGGACACGGACGCCGAGGACACGGACGCCGAGGACCAGGAGACAGACACCAAGGCCCAGGAGAACAGCACCAAGGACCAGAAGAUGGACGACCUGGACCAAGAGCUGGAGGUGUUAUACCUGGAGGAUCCAGAGGGUUGUACUCACCUGGAGUUGGAGAUUGAGGAGAUUCGCGCUGAGAGUCCUAAUGGCUCCAGUCCAGACCAGGAUAUCCAUCAUCCUGCCAGUUCUGCAGAGGCACUGAUUCAGCGUGACAGGGCCUUUCUCUGCAAAUUUCUACUCAAGCUAAUGAAUCACAUCGCCUGCCCCUUCAGGUAUUGUAUGUUUGAUGAGGGCAUUAGUGAGCUGGUUGAACGUCUGAGAAAGAAGAUUGUAGGUAAGGUCACUCUCCCCAAGGCGUCUGGAAAAAUCCACAUCCCCAUCAUAGAAAAGCUUGACCAGGAGUUUGGGUCAAGAACUCGGCUGCGGGACGCCAUGAUGUCCAAUGAGGAUGAUCGUGAGGUUUUUGAGGAAGCCCUUGGCGAGGCGUUAACAGCACAACUGCUGUUGCAGAAGCAGAACCUCUCAUUUGGAGCCAAAAUUAAGAGGUUUUUUUGUGGGAAGUCCAAGAGAGUCUCUCCAGCCUGUGCCAAAGUCAGCCAGGAGAAUACAUGUCUGCAGAAGGGGCCCGCUAUCUCCAGGAUGUUGUCUUCCAUGGCCAAGUGCCUGAAGAACUGUCUGCCCUGUUGCUCACGUUCAGAGGAUUAGUUCAGACAGACAGACAGAAAUGUGUGGUCUGCAAUUUUACCCACGUUUAUAUAGUCUGUCAAGUCCCACAGAACUUCGGGUUUUCUCCGGGUACUCCGGUUUCCUCCCGACUUCGCAAGGUAUGUAAUUAGAAAAAAAAUUUCGACCAGGAGACAGACAUAGAGGACCAGGAGACGGACGCAGAGGACCAGGA